GUUCACACCGUCACAUGUAUAUAACUAUAAAAUGACGCAAACAACAUGUGCAAAACACACAUUUUUCUUCAUCAAAUUUGUUUGUGUAUCUCAAAUUCUAUAGAGACAACAUAGUAGACAUGGAAACAAUGGAACAAAGGCUUAUCUCAAAUUGGUCUAAGGUUAAUUUCUCUGUUCCCUCUUCUUUUGUUCAACCACUUGAUUGUAGGCCUGGUAAGGUCACUAGCCCUACAAGUAAGACAAUACCUUUGAUUGAUCUUGGAGGACAUGAUCAUGCUCAUACCAUAAUGCAAAUUUUGAAAGCUUCAGAAGAAUAUGGUUUUUUUCAGGUGAUCAACCAUGGAGUUUCCAAGAAUUUAAUGGAUGAAGCACUAAAUAUAUUCAAAGAAUUUCAUGCCAUGCCUCCAAAGGAAAAGAUAGAUGAAUGCUCUAAAGAUCCAAAUGGAGUUAAUUGCAAGUUAUAUGCAAGUAGUGAAAAUUAUAAAAAAGAUGCUAUUCAAUAUUGGAAGGACACAUUGACACACCCAUGUCCUCCCUCCGGAGAAUUCUUGGAGUUUUGGCCUGAGAAACCACAUAAAUACCGUGAGGUUGUUGGUAAAUAUACACAAGAAUUGAACAAAUUAGCACAUGAAAUUUUGGAGAUGCUUUGUGAAGGGUUAGGGCUUAACCAAGGAUAUUUCAUUGGUGGACUUAGUGAAAAUCCAGUUGUACUAGUUCAUCACUACCCUCCAUGUCCAGACCCUAGCUUAACUUUGGGCCUAGCCAAGCAUAGAGAUCCUACAAUUAUCACUAUUCUACUUCAAGAUCAAGAGGUGCAUGGACUUCAAGUACUUAAGGAUGAUGAAUGGAUUCCAGUUGAACCUAUUCCCAAUGCUUUUGUUGUUAACAUUGGUUUAAUCUUGCAGAUAAUCACCAAUGGAAGGCUUGUUGGAGCUGAACAUAGAGUUGUGACAAAUUCAACAAGUGCAAGAACAUCUGUUGCAUAUUUCAUCUAUCCAUCAUUUUCAAGAAUCAUAGAACCUGCACAACAAUUGGUAGAUGUUCCAAUAUAUAAAUCCAUGUCAUUUGGAGAAUUUCGUAAAAGUUUCUACGAAAAGGGUCCCAAGAUUGAACAAGUGUUACAAUCUUAAAUAUCCAAAUAUUAAUAAUAUGUUUGGAUAUGUCCGGAUAUGUCAGAUUUAAAAUAAGAAGAAAAAAUUAGUCAAAAAAAAAAAAAAGUACAAGAAAAAAAAUGAACUACAAGAUAGAACUUAUAUAUUUCUCUUAUGUGAAAAACCAUAUAAAUGAAAGGAGAAAGAAUUUUGUGUUGGACCAUAAAAUUCUCUCCCUUUUUUUUUUUUUUUUUGAAUCAUUUUGAAAUGAUCUUUUGAAUCACAAAUUUUCUCAAUCAAUAUAUAUAUAUAUAUGCAUGUUUGAAUAUCGG